UCCCAGAAUUCAUUGGCUCGAUAAAUAGAUAAUUUGACGUUUGCUAAAAAUGUCAAGCUAGCUAACUGGCCGUGUCUGAGAGCUUCUGCUGGACAGAGCGCCUGAAAUUAACGUUAAAGUAGACCCUAGUUAGCACAUUUCUUGCUAAUUUAGUUGAAUUUAAACAGUUUCUCGUACAGGGCUUGUACGCAUGCUAGUUAGCUAGCUGGCUAGCUUGACAGCAUAGCAUUGCUCACGUAACUGUUUUUGUAACAAAGUUAAAAAACGUGAAUAUUUAAAUAAUGUCUGGACCAAAUGGAGAUCCAAACAUCUGUACUGACGACGGGAUCAUCAACGACGAAGAUGAAUUUGGCGAAGAAGAGUAUGUUGCCAUCAACUCGAUGCUAGAUCAGAUCAACUCCUAUCUUGAUGACCUGGAGGAGCGCAACGAUGCACUUAACGGCAAAUUGCACGAACUGCUGGAGUCAAAUCGGCAGGCCCGUCUGGAGUUCAGGGCCCAGCUGCUGGGUUCGCCCGACCAGGAGGAGAACUGUCCUGCAGACGGGGACCCGUCCUCACCCAGCGGCAACGAAGACCUGAACAAGGAUAACGAGGGCUCACAAAUGACUGACAAGAGCGAGUAGGUCAGAGGGUUGUGUUCAAUAAAAAAGCAGGGAUAGAAAUAUUUAUAAAAGCUGAUUCAACUCCUGACCUCUGUGUGUUGGACUAGUGAGCGCUGAUCUGGAUAGUCCAUGCCUCUCUGAUUCAUCUGUCAAUUUCCACUCCUGUGAGCCAACGUGUGCACAUUUUAUAUCUAUUCUAUCACUGCAGUUCUUCUUUUUUGGUGAACUCUGCUGAUGUGUGUGGCUCCUGAGCAGGUCGAUUUAAAGCAGCGUCUCAUACAAGCUGGACAUCAGAUACUUUCCAUUGCAGACUUGUGAAAUCAAAGUCAAAUGUGUUGCAAAGUAAAAAGCUGCUCGUCUGUGUACAGAGAAUUGUUUAGGUUCACGUGGGAGAUCAAAAUGACUACUUUAAUGCAAAUGUGUUAAAAGAUUUUGAAAAAGGUAAUGAAAAGAUGCAGCAAUAUUUAUUAAACAGUGCUCGAAUUACAGGAUUAAGCUCAGAUCUGCUCCUAGAAAUCAAUUAUGGUUGAUGUAAGCGAGAGAUUUGGCUUUUCUGAAGCAAGAGAUGUGAAUAAUAAAUUCCUGAGCGUUCUGUCCACAGUAAUCUGCGCUACCGUCUUUGUACAGAUCAAUACAUCUGAGUCAGUCCGUGUUACAAAAUGGGUUACAGUCAAACUCCUGAAUGCAUUUCUGGAUUUAUCCAAGAUCUGUUCAAUGUUUGCAUUGGCUUUGCAAUAGCUGUGGUCCCUGUAACUACUGUGCUAUCCCAAAAUGUGUAGCAUUCCCAUCUAUGUGUACCAGUGUAUUGUAAUGCUUCAUCUGUUUAGGAUAAGUCUGAAGAGUGUCUGUACGUAUUAAGUGUAAUCCAUGAGAAUUAAAACUGAAGUCGACAAAG